CUACCCACUUUGUGAAUUCUGAGUCGUCGCCGAAAUUCAGCUGCAGAUGUUGACGACGGUAAUCUCAAAUAUCUAACUACCGUACCUACCCAGCGACUUGGCACAGAGCACGAGCGAUACACCAGUUCCGCCCCGAGUCCCCAGCGAAUGACCAUGUCAAUACACGACUAGACACGAGAACCGCUGCACCAUGACUGAAGGAACUGCCAACGACGCCCUAGACGGCUUCAACCUGAGGGAAGCAGCUGCCGCCAUCACCUCGUCGUCCACUUCGACGAGAAUCGCCCAGCUACGCGCAAUUGACGACAAGCUGACGCAAGAAUCCCUCGACCGCGCUGCGACCCUCGGCCUCCUCAAGGUCCUCUUUUGGACACAUGCCUUCUACAGCGACCGCCCCUCCCGCCAGGCCGUCCAGAAAUGCCUCGUCUCCGUCUGCAAGAUUGGCGAUGCUGAUGUGCUUGCGCCCCUCGUCAACGUGAUUCGCAGGGAAACACAGAAGCCGGGGAUUGCGCCCGGGAGCGCUUUUGUGCUGGUCGAGUGGUGCAGUCUGUUGAUGCAGGAAAUUGUCGGCACGCCUUUGUGGGACAAGCUCGCAAACGACAUCGUCCUGGCUGACGCAGACGCCAUAGAAAAAUGCCUCCAACCCACGGCGAGGAACACACUCGGGCACUCGGCCCUAGUAGUGACACGGAGGGGGUUCAGGAAGCUAGUGCAGACAGAGGGCAAGGAGAAGAUCAUCACAGCCGCAAUUCAGGCCCUUACUGCCAAAGGAGCUCAGCCAACCGCCAAAAAUGCCGUGCUUCUUGGCGUGAUCGCCGGUGUCUGCUCAAGAAAACCGGACGCGAAACCGGUCGUCGCGAACCUCAAGACUGAAUACCUCGCCUUCUACACCCGUGAAAUAGUCGGUUCUCGGACGCCCAUUCCAAAACACCUCGCUGGCGGUCUGGGAGACCUUUUCGCAGCCUUUGUAUCUCUCGAGGAUCUGGACAAGGAUGUCUUCCCUGCGCUCGAGAAGGCCCUCCUGAGAGCCCCUGAAGUGGUACUCGCUGAUAUCAUCCCCACCCUGGUCCACUCUCUCCCCGAGGAGCUCGACCUCUCCCAGGCGCUGAGCGCUAGGCUUGUAAAGCCUCUUUUAUCCAGCCUCAAAUCAUCCAAUGCCGCCAUUCGAAGUGGGGCAAUAGCAGCCUUUAAGGAGAUAGUCGCCAGUUGCCGGGAUUUCACAGCUCUCGAGAUUGUUGCUGACGAGGUUCUCGGCCCUCUAAAGUCAGGGAAGCUCCCAUCUCCCGAGCAGAGGAUUCUGCACUCUGAUCUUCUUGUUGCUCUGCCCUCGUCAACAGGAAUAGCAACAAAGAUUGCCGUAGGCCUUUCUGCCUUGGCAGGGAAGGAGGGAAACGAGGCGGCCCUAAAUGCCGAGACCCUUGCUCUCAAUUCGAGCACAAUUGCACUACUACCCACCGAAUCCGAUGUUCCAAAGGCAUUAGUUGAUGCCUACGUCAAAGGCCUGGCUGACAAGAAACCCCAAGUAAGGCGAAUCUGGGUCAUCCGAGCUGGCGAGAUUCUGUACACCUUCAGCCAGGACCGGGCAAGCCUCCCGCCGAAUGUUGUGCGAUUCGCCGAGGCUAUCAUCCCGCCCCUGCUGACCGCAUUCAACGAGGCUGUCGCCAACCCGGCCAUAUCCUCGCAGAAUGGGAUCGUUACAGCCGGUUUGGUUAUUUGCGCCGUAGGGUCUCUCCUCCAACGGCCCGAGACCUCUAGCCUCCAUGCGCUUUCCAAGAAGGCAGCAAUACAAAAGAACAGCUUGUUGCUUGAGCCAAAGCCGUCAUUCUUGCUCAACCCGCGGAUAUACAGCAAGUUCUUAGACGAAGACCUGAAAUGGCUCACUAAGGCCUUGUCUGCCAUUGCGCCUGCUGUCGUUUCCAGCAGCGCGCCCGUCAGAAUUGCCUGGGCCCAGGCGUUUAUUUUCAUUAUCUGCGCUAGCACCACCGUCCCGGCUGUGCGUCGGGAGGCCAUGGAUGCGCUUUCUGACGUUUAUGCCGAGUCGGCGUCCAACUCGGAGGGCUCUUCAUCCAUUCUAACCGACGCAAUUAUUGACGGCAUGUGGCAAUGGGUUCAGGCCACGGAGGCGGCCGACAGGGAGAGCAUUGCUGCAUUGGCCAAAUCGGGUAAUUCUAACUUGCAUUUAGUGCUUAAGUCCAUAUGCCUGUCUCGCAAAGAGUAUGCUAGUCGUGCGGGUGCCGAUGCCAACGAGUCCCAUCUUGAAUCUCAAAUGCGUUCCUUGGUUGUCCUUGCUCGGCCGGAGCUCAUCCCGCGAGCAAGCUGGAUUGACUUGUGCUUGAAGGUCGAGCUUGACCCUGGAAGCUUGGGUAAGAAAUAUGAGCAGGAGCUGGUCGACGAAAUACUGAACCGCACUGGGUUCGAUCAAAAGUCUUCUGCGGUCAAGACAGCUGCUUGCAGCGCAGCCGCCGAACUUGUUUUCGUGGCCCCUGAAACCAUGACUCCCCGUAUUGUCACCCUCAUUCAAGAAGAUCUAGAUGUUUCCGACGUUCACAAAAUUGGCCCUCUGGAAGCUGCAAUCUUCCGCACCCCAGAAGGAACGGCAUUCGUCGACGUCUUGGCUAAGAAGCAGAACGUUGUUCCAAACAAGAACACCAAAGACUACCACACAUUGAAAUGGGAGGAGGAGCUGAGAGAACAGCUGGCGCAAAAGAAGGGCACGCAAAAGAAACUCACAGCGGAAGAGACAGCCAAAGUCAACGCUCAACUCAAAAAGGAGGCCGCGAUCCGCGACAAUGUCCGCCACAUUGCGGCGAGACUACUACGCGGCUUUGGUGUCGUCAAAGGGCUUGCGACUGGGCCCCCAACGGAUACCACUCGAUGGAUGGGCCACGCGGUCAAGGCAACCUUGGAUGCUAUUGAUGCUGGAGCCUGUCUGAUCACCGGAGAGACUGGGCCGAUGGCAUAUGUAUCGUGCUCAGAACGAACUGCUCCUCGCCUCGGCUCCCUUCGGCCUUUCAUUGGCGCGGCUGCUCUGCGUGCUCACGAGGUUUCCGCACUCCCCGAGAACUUGACUCAAGAGCCGUUUGAGGAUCUCGUUACCAGGGUACUCUUCCGCCUCCGCUUUUCCGGCGAGCAGCGACCAUUCGACACGGUGUCGCUUAUUUACGCGCUCCCUCUCAUCCUCCUAGUCCUCCAAAAAGGCGGCUUUGCCGCGACUGCCGAUGAUCGCGAUGCUCAGCUGGUGCUUGCGAUUGAGUUUCUCUCCUUCCACACAGAAGUCGCCGCGGAUGAAGCCGUUCCUCGUGCAGAGGUCCUUUCGACUCUGGUGUCAUCGAUGCAGCUCUACAGCCAACACUACAAGAUUCUCAAGGACUGCCUCGCCGAUAUGGUCCGCUGCAUCGCCCCUAACAUCUCUUCUGCCGAAAUAGGCGUUCUUGCUCGGGGCACUAUCGUUCCUCAGACAGGGGUCCGAACCGCGGUGCUGCAGGCGAUAAGCGCAGAGGUUGAUAUGAGUGACUCUGAAAAUGCAGAGGAGAUUUGGCUUGCUGCUCAUGAGGAUGUCGAAGAGAACGUGGAGCUUGGUCAAGAAAUAUGGGAGGAGAGCGAGUUUAAAAUCACCAAAGAGCUCCCAUUCAAGAUGUUACCAUACCUAGAGAGCAAAGAUGGGCAACUUCGCCGGGCCGCUGCGCGGUCCCUCGCCGCAGCUUCGAGCCAGCAUCCUUCGACGGUUGAUCUCGUUCUCGAGAAACUGAGGCUGUCGUAUAUCGAGUUUGCGAAGCCGCGUCUUCCCCAGCUCGACGAAUUCGGAAUGCCGAAGAAGAUGGACUUGUCUGAUCCGUGGGAGGCACGACAUGGAAUCGCCCUGGCCUUUAAGGAGCUCUCUGAGCAGCUCACAAAACCUCAACUGGAUGCUUUCUUCAACCUGCUUGUUGAACAAGGGCCGCUGGGCGACAAGAAUGCCACAGUGCGGGCACAGAUGCUGGACGCCGCAAACACGGCCAUUGAGAUCCAUGGGAAAGCUAUGCUGGACAAGCUGAUGAAGACCUUUGAGCGGACUCUCGAGGCCCCCGAUAAGGCCUCCGAGGCUGCUGAUCGCGUAAACGAGGCCGUCAUUAUUAUGUAUGGUGCACUGGCCCGGCAUCUCAAGCCCGGCGAUGCCAAGAUACCGGUUGUCAUCGAAAGACUGCUGGCGACACUCAGCACCCCUUCUGAAUCCGUCCAGUAUGCAAUUGCAGAAUGUUUGCCUCCGUUAGUUCGGACUUGCGGAGACAAGUCGUCCAAGUACUUUGAUCAGAUCCUAGACACACUUCUGUCAUCCAAGGCCUAUGCCGUUCAGCGAGGAGCCGCAUACGGUCUGGCUGGGCUUAUUCUCGGACGAGGCAUUAGUGUGUUGAGGGAGUACCGCAUUACGACCACUCUGAAGGGAGCACUCGACAGGAAAGAGACUAACCAGCGAGAAGCAGCUAUGAUUGCGUUUGAGCUUCUCUCGACAAUUCUUGGCAGAAUCUUCGAGCCUUAUGUGAUCCAGAUCGUGCCGCAAUUGCUUGCCGGGUUCGGCGACAGCAACGCGAACGUGCGCGACGCCGCACUGGCGGCGGCCAAGGCAUGCUUCGCCAAGCUGAGCUCGUUCGGUGUCAAGCAGAUCUUGCCGACUCUUCUUGACGGUCUCGACGAAGACCAGUGGAGAAGCAAGAAAGGAGCAUGUGAUCUUCUCGGCGCCAUGGCCUAUCUAGACCCCGAGCAGCUAGCGCAAAGCCUGCCAGAGAUUAUCCCGCCCCUAACCGCAGUCUUGAACGACAGUCACAAGGAGGUUCGGUCGGCAGCCAACAAGAGCUUGAAGAGAUUUGGUGAAGUCAUCAACAACCCUGAGAUUCACAGUCUCGUCGAUGUUCUCCUCAAGGCCCUCAGUGAUCCAACCAAAUACACCGACACGGCUUUGGAUGCCCUCAUCAAGGUCCAGUUUGUGCAUUAUCUGGACGCGCCUUCUUUGGCUCUUGUCAGCCGCAUUCUACAGCGUGGCUUGAGCGACCGGUCGAACACGAAGCGCAAGGCUGCACAGGUCAUUGGCAGUCUGGCUCAUCUCACGGAGCGCAAGGAUCUGGUGUCGCAUCUGCCUGUACUUGUUGCAGGACUCAAGGUUGCUAUUGUUGAUCCGGUACCAACAACUCGCGCGACCGCGUCACGGGCACUCGGCUCGCUUGUCGAGAAGCUGGGCGAGGAUGCGCUGCCAGACCUGAUCCCAGGCCUCAUGCAGACCCUCAAGUCCGAAACCGGUGCUGGCGACAGACUUGGUUCGGCCCAGGCACUCAGCGAGGUCCUUGCUGGCUUGGGAACUUCCAGACUGGAGGAGACUCUUCCCACCAUCCUCCAGAAUGUCGAGUCGUCGAAACCCUCGGUCCGCGAGGGCUUUAUGUCGCUCUUCAUUUUCUUGCCCGUCUGCUUUGGCAACAGCUUUGCCAACUACCUUGCCAAGAUUAUUCCUCCCAUUCUAUCGGGCCUUGCGGAUGACGUCGAAUCUAUCAGAGAGACAGCGUUGCGCGCCGGUCGGCUCUUGGUCAAGAAUUUUGCCGUCCGAGCGGUCGAUCUUCUGCUCCCAGAACUCGAGCGUGGCUUGGCUGAUGACAGCUACCGCAUCCGUCUUAGCUCUGUCGAGUUGGUUGGCGACCUACUCUUCAAUCUUACAGGCAUCAAGGCGACCGAUGACGAGGAAGAGGAGGAAGACAACAGCAAGGAGGCUGGCAUUUCGCUUCGCGAAAUCCUUGGCGAGGAGAAGCGCAACAAGAUUCUCUCAGCCCUCUAUGUCUGCCGCUGCGACACUUCCAGCGCUGUCCGAGCCGCUGCCGUUAAUGUGUGGAAAGCCCUUGUCCACAGCCCACGCAUUCUCAAAGAGCUUGUUCCAACCCUCACCCAGCUUCUUAUUCGCCGUCUUGGCAGCACGAGCAUGGAGCACAAGGUUAUUGCGAGCAAUGCUUUGGGAGAGCUGAUCAGAAAGGCAGGAGAUGGUGUGCUGUCCACUCUACUCCCCACGCUCGAGGAAGGUCUCCAAACUUCCACGGAUGCGGAUGCCAAGCAGGGUAUCUGCCUCGCUCUGAAGGAGCUUAUCUCGUCUGCUUCGCCUGAAGCUCUCGAGGACCACGAGAAGACACUCAUCUCCGUCGUACGGACUGCUCUCACGGAUUCGGACGAGGACGUACGUGAAGCCGCGGCGGAAGCUUUCGAUUCGCUGCAGCAGAUUCUCGGCAAGCGUGCUGUGGAUCAAGUGCUUCCGUUCCUGCUCAGCCUGCUUCGUGGUGAGGACCAGGCCGACAAUGCUCUCGCGGCUCUCCUGACUCUACUUACGGACACAACGCGGUCCAACAUCAUCCUUCCUAAUCUCAUUCCCACCCUCAUUGCGCCGCCCAUCUCUGCCUUCAAUGCCAAGGCCCUGGCUUCGCUUUCCAAGGUGGCUGGUGCGGCUAUGAACCGCCGGCUACCUAGUAUCAUCAAUUCGCUCAUGGACAACAUCGUCAACUGCACAGAAGACGAUCUGCGUGAUGAUCUUGAUGCUUCCUUUGACACCGUUGUCCUGUCCAUCGACGAGUACGAUGGUCUUAAUGUGGUCAUGAACGUCAUGUUGCAGCUCAUGAAGCACGAAGAUCAUCGCAAGAGAACCGCAACUGGGAACCAUCUCGCUACCUUCUUCGCCAAAUCUGAUUCCGACUACUCCCGGUACAAUCAGGACAUUGUUCGCUCUCUGCUGAUAUCGUUCGAUGAUAGAGAUAUAGAGGUAGUCAAGGCAGCGUGGAGUGCGCUCAGCGAAUUCACAAAGAGGCUCAAGAAGGAGGAGAUGGAGUCGCUCGUCCAGUCUACCCGACAAACAUUGCUUCUUGUGGGCGUUGCUGGCCACAACUUGGCUGGCUUCGAGCUACCCAAGGGCAUCAGCUGCAUUCUUCCGAUCUUCCUGCAGGGUCUUAUGAACGGUACAGCGGACCAGAGGGUCUCUGCCGCUCUAGCGAUAUCAGACAUUGUCGACAGGACCAGCGAAGCCUCCCUGAAGCCGUUUGUCACCCAGAUUACUGGCCCACUCAUCCGUGUCGUCUCGGAACGCUCUACGGACGUCAAGUCGGCUAUCUUGAUCACACUCAACAACCUCCUUGAGAAGAUGCCGACGGCCCUCAAGCCCUUCUUGCCUCAGCUGCAGCGAACGUUUGCCAAGUCGUUGGCUGAUACAUCGAGCGAUGUUCUGCGCAGCCGCGCAGCCAAAGCUCUUGGCACGCUUAUCAAGUUCACUCCGCGUGUCGAUCCUCUCAUUGCCGAACUGGUGACUGGUUCUAAGACAACCGAUCAAGGUGUCAGGACAGCCAUGCUCAAGGCUCUCUACGAGGUCAUCAGCAAGGCAGGAGCCAACAUGGGCGAGGCAUCUCGUGCUGCAGUACUAAGCCUUAUCGAUGUGGAGACUGAUGAGCGCGACUUGACUCUGACCAUUACAUAUGCGAAGCUCUUUGGGGCUCUGGUCAAGAAUGUCUCGGAGGACGUGGCUACUGGUCUGAUAAAGAACAGGGUCAUGACAAGAGACUUCAGCAGCACAAGCGUGCUUUCGUUGAACGCCGUGCUUCUUGAGAGCCCUGGGACCAUUUUGGAUUCCCCGCUGCUUGACGACUUGCCCGAGCUGCUCUGCCAAGGAAUGGGAAGCAAGACCCCGUUUAUUGCCGACAACUUCAUCCUCGCAGCAGGCAAGUACUUGCUCAGCGAAGCACAGAAGGGGUUUGAAACGACCAAGGCCAUCUUUUCAACGCUGUCGGCCAUCAUCCCUCCUGGCAGUCCUACCGACUCGCGCCGGCUGGCGCUUGUGUUGGUGCGCACGCUGGCUCGCACCCACACGGAAAUGGCGCGUCCGCAUUUGGGACUACUUGCCCCUCCUGUGUUUGCAUCUGUACGAGACAUGGUAAUUCCGGUCAAACUGGCGGCCGAGGCAGCUUUCGUGCAACUGUUCGCAGUGGCAGACGAAGAGAGCAAGGUGUUUGACAAGUGGAUUGGCGCGACGGACCUGCCGCCCAACACAAAGCGCAGCAUGCAGGACUACUUCAAGCGCGUGGCGCUGAGGCUCGGGUCCCAGGUUCGCGAGCGGAGGGAAGCAGAGGGCGGCGCGGGCGGUCUGGGCUUGUCCAACGACGAGGCCGAGGACGAAAAGGAAAUCAUGUCUGUGGGCAAGGUAGAUGUCGGGUCUCUGUUUGAGGACGAGUGAGGGAACAAACGUGCCAAGGUUCCAGAGUAUGGCUAGUAUAAAAAGGCUGUGUGUGAAUAAAAUCUUGUUGCAUGUCAAGAAUGCCGUUGCUUGUCGUGGCCAGUCUCCAAUGCCUACGCAUAUGUGGCUGCUGGCAUUGCGCUAUUCUGCAUCCCGAGAACAUCCCAUCAAAAAGAUAUAUGAUGGAGAGAGCUCAAAUAGGGCAAACACAGAUACUCUCUUUUCCCUGCUCGGAUAUCCGUAUACACGUGGCUACCGUCUGGCCCAAAUGUUAUGCUAAAAUUGUUGCGAAAGCCAGACCAAGAAGUCCUGAGACUGAUCUUUCAACGUUGAUGAAUUGAAAGCCCAGCGUCAAAGCUUUGUGCACUGUGCAAUUAUUCAAUGGUUGCGUGCGUCCCUAGCUCCUUUGCGCUCAUCGAUCCUGCCUUGCCCCACCGCUUCUGGCACAAUGGAGGACCGAGCACGUGACUGCUCGUUAGCCCU